CACCUGAUUCUGCUGCCAAUCACAUUCACAUGCAAAUGCAAUGUAUGUAUGUAUAUUUAUUGUUGGCCACCUAUUUUGCCGGCCCCGGUCCGGUUCUCUCAUACGGCGUCGUUUUCGGGUGUGCGACUAUUGUCUCUUCUCUUCCCUUCGUCGGUUACCAUAAUUCUCUCUCUCUUUCUUCUUCUCCCUCUUCUUCACACUGAGUUGACUGAGUCUUCGUAACUCGCUCUCUACUCUCUCUGCUACUCAUCGCAUUCUCUGCAUUUCUCCUCCGAUCACAUUUUCUCUCUCUUCGUUUGAAGAAAUUGGAUGGUGUUUUGAGCAGCUCUUAUUGUUGAGUUUCAUUGGAUGUUUUCAUUUUGAUCUCAGACUAUAGCUGACAAGGAUGUCGGAGAAAGCUCUUAGGGAUCUCAAUACAAUUCUUGGUACUGAAAGGAAGAAUGAGGACUCCAGUAAGGCAUGUUUAUCCAAGCCUUCUGUUGAUAAUGCUGAUGAAAAUAUUGAAGAAUGGCAAAAGAAAAAGAACAGUUCCUCCUUGGUUUCUCCAGCUGUUAAUGGAAAUCAGGCUGUGACUGCUAAUUCCAGUGCAGAGGUUGUAAAUGCAGAAGUAGAAUAUAUUGAAUCUGAGAACUUGAAUGAUGUAGACGAUGCUGAUACUUGUCUCAAGACUCUCUUGGCUGGACUUGACUCAAAGGAUUGGGUCCUGGUUUGUGACACACUGAAUAACGUACGUCGAUUGUCUAUAUUUCAUAAGGAAGCAAUGCUUGAUGUGCUGGGGGAUGUGAUCACAUCUAUUGCAAAGUCCCUGAAAAGUCCUAGAAGUGCUGUUUGCAAAACUGCCAUUAUGACAUCUGCAGACAUUUUCAGUGCAUAUAAUGAUCGUAUACUAGAUUCAUUGGACCCUCUCCUAGUACAACUUCUUCUCAAGGCUUCACAAGACAAACGCUUUGUAUGUGAGGCAGCUGAAAAAGCCUUGAUAGCAAUGACUACUUGGAUUUCCCCUAUUUCUUUAUUGCCAAAAUUGCAACCAUGCCUUAAGAAUAAGAAUCCUCGUAUCCGUGCAAAGGCAUCAAUGUGCUUUUCUCGAAGUGUUUCACGACUGGGGGAAGAAGGCAUAAAGACAUAUGGGAUUGACAAAUUGAUCCAAGUAGCUGCAUCUCAGUUGAGUGACCAGCUCCCUGAGUCCAGGGAAGCAGCCCGAACUCUACUUCUUGAGCUUCAAAAUGUGUAUGAGAAAUCUUCUCAUGAUCUCAUGCCAGCUACUCCUGUCAAUAGUGAUCAUAAUAAUGUCAAUGGUGAUUCUGUGAAUGAGGAUUCAGAGGUGAGAUCUUGGGAAAGCUUCUGUCAGUCAAAGCUUUCUCCACUAAGUGCUCAAGCUGUACUUCGUGUGACCAGUAUCGCUCGGGAGGGUCUUGUUUCAUAACACGCACAUUUUUACUUCACUUAGCGGACUUCAUCGUUUCCUGGUUUGCUUAUCAUUUUCUUCUGUAAAUACAGUUCGACAAUUGAGCCCAAGAUUUAUAAUGUGUAUUCUAUUAUUUUCCCCCUAUUUGUGGUUACCUACAUUACUUUUGAUUAAUACUACUACUAGAUAAAUGGACCGUGCAUCGCACUGGAAAAAUUAUGAGUAUAAUCUUUGGUCUUGUAACUGUAUUUGGAUGAUUAUGGUUA